AUGGUUCAUAACCACGAGGGCUAUCCCGAAGUCGAAGCUGCAGAUAUGAUACCGGAACAAUGCAUAACUGAGGAGAAUGACGUCAGUGCCGGUGUCGAUUGUACAGCAAUCUUUUUGGACAUAUUUAAGGACAAAAUGUUUAACAGUUUUACGGAACUACAGACAAAAAUGGAUGAAUUCCAACGCAUCACUGGUUCUCUUUAUGGGAAGCGAAAUACAAAACGCUUCCCUGCUGAGUCGCCUUACGCACACACCUUGGUUUACAAGUCCUUUGCGUAUGAAUGUUAUCAUUACGGCACGCACAACUGCGACGCAUCUAUCCAGCGAGUUCGAAGAUCCGCUAAGAUUGGGUGUCGCUCAAGAAUCCACGUCAGCUGCUAUCGCAACAAGCUCAAAAUCGUGCGUUUUGAUGUGAAACACAAUCACGAUGUUGCGCCAGAACACGCUAAAGCCUAUCCCCGGAAUCGACGGUUAACCCAACCCCAAUUAGCCAUUGUAGGGAGUAUGUUUCAAGCCAAUCAGGACAGUCAUGCAAUAAAGGACUUUAUUGAGAGUAAGUUGAAACCCCGCUUCGAAAGCCGAUUCUUAGACACAUUCCACACACCAUGCACUAUGUCCGACGUACGAAACAUCAAAGCUAAACUGAAAGCAUCUGCACAAGCCUCGGCAGCAGCGGUUGUGGGAGCUGUUGAGGAUGAGGAAGUGGAGGAGGAUGAAGAAGACGUUUUGCCGAACCUGCCACCCUUGCCUCAAGAUACUAGCCUCGACGAUAUGAUAACUCAGCUUACCCCCCAGCUGGAACACAUCCAAGACCUAGUAAUAUCCUCUCCCAGUCGUGAAGUCCUUGAGUCUCGUGUGAAUUGUCUCAAUAGACUAAUUGAAGUCUGGCAGGAUGGGAAGGAGGCUAUAGUUCUAGUGCCCCAGCGUCGUGUUCUAGUGAGUACGGAGCGGCGAGAGGGAGAACUUGUGCAGCACGCCUUUGUGGAGGGCUCACAAGUCCGAUCGACGCAAUUGCAGCCGGCCAAAUCCUCUCCUGAUGGUCAUGACGACAUUCACUAUCAUCACACCUCAUCUGAAAACUUUCUCCUCUGA